GUAUUCAUUCUCCAAUAGGUCUUCAAUGCAUCAGAGGAGCUGAAGAGUGCAGCACAUUAUCCUAAUGUGAGGACUUUUAUGGCAACCCUGGUCCAGAGCACAACUGAGCAAACUGAUUUGAUUGACGUCCAAAUUCCCUGGUCUGUGCCGCCAUUAUAUCUGUCCGGUUUCUCUGCAGUGUGCUGGCUCUUUGGUCGUGAUUUGUAUGAUAAGCUGCAGUACCCCAUAGGACUGGUGGAGUCCUGUUGGGGGGGCACACCUAUCGAACCCUGGUGCUCUCCAAGAGCACUACAGAAGUGUGGACUACUACAGCAGCCUGGUGGCGGUCCCAAAGUCAAUUCAGUGUUGUGGAAUGCAAUGAUCCACCCACUGCUGAGCAUGACCAUCAAAGGAGCCAUCUGGUACCAAGGUGAGGCUAACACAAAUUAUCAUCAAGAGAAGUACAACUGUUCCUUCCCUGCUAUGAUUGAUGACUGGAGGAUGGCGUUUCAUCAGGGCUCAGGAGGGCAGACGGCUCUCGAUUUCCCUUUUGGAUUUGUCCAGCUGAGUACCUGGGAAAAAAAAUCCCAAAGUGACGCCUAUCCGAAUAUCCGCUGGCACCAGACAGCAGAUACCGGCUUUGUCCCAAAUCUCCAGAUGCAGAAAACUUUCAUGGCUGUGGCUAUGGAUUUGCCAGAUGAAAAAUCUCCCUAUGGCACGAUCCAUCCCCGAGACAAGCAGGACGUAGCCUUCAGACUGUCAUUGGGAGCAAGGGCAGUGGCGUAUGGUGAGAAGGACGUGGCCUUUAGUGGACCUUUCCCCAGCCAAAUCCUGUCCACUCCAAAGUAUCUCAACAUUACCUACGACCAGAAAGUCUCUGUCACUCCUUCUGAAAACAUCUUUGAGAUCUGCUGCUCAGAGAGUGAGUCUCCAUGGGAUCCUAAGGCUCAUUGGGUUCCAGCUCCCAUCAUGCAGUCGGGUCUGACCACUGUCCAGUUAUCUACCAGCGUGUGUUCUCCCACUGAACAAGUAGCUGCUCUGCGGUAUGCAUGGAGAGACUGGCCCUGUGACUUUAAAGCCUGUCCAAUCUACAGCGCCAGUAAGAUUUUACCUGCUCCUCCUUUUAUUGCCAACCGCACUCCAGCCAAAGUAAUCAAUGAAGACCAAAUGAGGAACAGUCUGCCUUUGUUCAAAUCAACAUAAGCUGAUCUCUCAAUGAAGUGGAAUUAGGCAAAUGAAUGACUUUAAACAGGAUGAUUGAGACUGUGAAAGUAAGGAGCUGAAAACAAUCUGACACGAUAGUGGAUUGUUACUGAGAAAAGCUCAAUAUUCCUAUUUUUUUUUUUACAGAUAUCAAGGAUCAUUUUAGAGGGAAGGAGGUUUUUUUUUUAAAUGGUUUAUGACUAGACAAUUACUUUUUGUAUUCAAUAAGUGAAUUGGUUAGUCUUAGAGGGGGGAGUGACCAAUCCUACAAAUUACGAAUUGAAAAAUACUGUGUUCAAUUUAUGGCAUCUGGAUGCAAAGCUCAUCCUCAUUUAUUGAACAAAUGUGGUCAGUUUUUCUGAAAGAGUCCAAACAAUCAAAAGGAGAAUAAUGAAACAAGAUUAUUGCUGCUAUUUCACGUCUUGGUUGGAAAGCUCGGCAGUUGCACCUGUCAGCCUGGUGGGAAAUAUGUUUGCUUUUAAUUUAAAGAUGUUUUUUAAUCAGUCCGUCUCAAAUUUCAAUACUGAAUGUUAAGUACAAAAAUAAAUUGCUGGAUGUAGGUAGAAACACAUGACAAAGGUUUUAUUUGAACAAAACUCUGAAGUGUACAACACAAAUCAGUCGUUAUGACGAAAUGUUUGAACAAAUACAUGUGAAAUAAACAACUGUGUGUGUGUGUUGCAUUCAAAGCCAUUGUUUUUAUAUUA